AGAAGUAGCGUUUGACAGGCAUGUAAGCGCUGCAAUUUUAAGGCAUUGUUAGUCAUAAAUGCGUCUCUAAGAUAAAUAUAUAUACAUAUAUAUAUAUUUUUUUUCUUUUUCUUUUGUAGCCUUGACAAGAGUAGAGCAAUCAAGAAGGUUUAAAGUGUAGGCGACGAAGCACUCCAGAAACGUCGCAAAACGUGCAAGAGCUUUGCAAAUAUUUUCAUACCGUAAUACUAAAUAUAGCGCCAGUAAAUGUGAUUCAAAAUGUACACACGCUGUCAGUGUGUGCACGUGGACGGGUUGGGUUCUCAACAUAAUCACCAGUGAGGUGUUUGUCCAUUGAUUUCGAGAUUCACGUUUUGUCUCGUGUGUGACUGGUUUGGUCAAGUGAAAUUAUGGCUGACGAUCCACAGAGAAACUUUCGCUCAACUUAUUAUGAGAAAGUUGGCUUUAGGGGGGUGGAGGAGAAAAAGUCCCUUGAAAUACUGCUGAAGGAUAACCCUCUGGAUCUUGAAAAGCUGAGUACCUUCAGUCAACGGUUCCCCCUCCCAUCUAUGUAUAGGGUUCAUGUGUGGAAAGUGUUGCUAGGCAUCCUGCCACCCCACAGUGACUCUCAUACUCUGGUUGGAAGCUACAGAAAGGAUCAGUACCAAGACAUCAUGGAGGCUCUGGAGGUGAUGAGAUUCAUCAACUCUUCCACAUCCUCCACCCAUGUGUACUUGCGUAUGUUCCAGCUGGAGAGCCAGGUGCUACCGCGCUGCUCUGAAAUCUCACCACCAGAUGAAGAGAACGAGGACUUCCUGUCCAUCAGUCAAGCAAUGGAGGAGAUAGUAGAGGAUCCCGUUGACUGCUACUGGCUCAUUAAAAGUUUUAUCAGUCAGUUCCACACCAAGUUUGGAGAUUCAAUUCCUCAUCUUCCAAAGAGCCUCGAGCACUACUUGAGUCAGGAGGAGCCUGGGCUGCUGAGCCAUUUGAAGAACACCGGUGCGUUGGCACAACUUCCAUACAGCCUCUGGUUCAGGCGCUGCUUUGCUGGCUGCCUGCCUGAAUCGAGCUUGCAGAGAGUGUGGGACAAGGUAAUCAGUGGCUCCUGUAAGAUCCUGGUGUUUGUUGCCCUGGAGAUCCUGCUCAGCUACAAGAUUAUGUUGCUGGGUAUCAGCCGACCAGAGGGUGUAGUCAAGUUUCUUUGCAAUAUACCGCAGGAGAACACAGAUGUCAUCGUGACUAAAGCUAUUGAUCUAUGGCACAAAUAUUGUGGCACCCCCAUACAUGCCAUGUAAACUGUGAGGGAAAUCUGUUUUAUCCAGAGAGACUCCCAAACUGGACUGUAAAUGACUUAUCUAUCAUCAGUGUCUUGUUGCUGAUAAAAUGAGAAAUAACUUCAAAGGACUUGACACUGCAAGCAGCUAGAGGAGCAGGUGAGAAUAUUAGCGUUUAAGAAAAGAAGCUGCCAAAAUCCCAUUUCUUUCUUUAAGAAACGCCAUACAUCAUAGAAGACAAUAAAUACAUGGAGUUGUUCUGCUUAACAAAUAGUCACUUUCUUUGUUAUUUACAAGUCUUAUAAUGCAAGUAGCUUGCAUAUGCACACACACACACACACACACAAAAUCACGCAGAUGCUCUUACAUACAAACAUACCGAGCAGUUGUCCAAGUGAUAAAAAAUUCAGAAUUCACUGGAAACAAUAUACUCGACACAAAUACAAUUGCAACAGUUCUGUUUUUGCUCAUAUUUCCCACAAAUUGAAGUAGAGGAAAUAGUGUAAGAUUUUAUACUUGCAAACCAAAGGCUUAUUUCUGUCAAAUUUGAUUCACAAAUGAUAAAUUGUGUCUGUCCUUGUUAAAGUCUGUAUUGGGAGACUUUUACGUUUUCUAAAAUUGGGGAGAUGGCAAAUGGCAUAUUGCACAGGUUUGCCUGACUGCUAACAAUGAAAGACAACUCUGGUCUUUUUAUUGUGAUGAUUGUUAAGGCAUUUCCUGUGCAAUAACCACAUACAUUACAUCAUUUUGAAUUGUCUUACCUGCCAGUUAUAUGAAGUGCUCUUUAAUAGGUAUAUUAAAUGAAUCAAAGAGCUAUAGCAUAAGCUUUUGUUUGGCAUAUACUGUAGUUAGACAAAACAAAGACAAAAGUGUUGCACGGAUAUUUUCAGUAAGUGUAAAAUCAUUGUAAGGUGUUCAUAUUGGCAUGUUUAACGUUUUUUUUCCUGUGUAUACAAAUGCUGUAUUAAAUAAAAUAUGUAUAAAUAA